ACUUAUGCUGAAGCAGCUAGAAGUGUGUAAACGAAAAUGUUAGAGAAUCGAUUUAAUUGGCAAGACUCCAGCUAUCGGCAGAAUUAGCAGGACUUCUAGUCUCUCCCAAAUUCAGAAAUGUAUUUCCACAACGGCCCAAACCCCAGUUUUGCAUAAAUUGGCUUGUACGCUUUCACCUUACUCUAGUAUCUAGUAUAUCCACUGGCUAAGACCUUUCCGUUAGAAAAUACGCAGUACACAGAGCAAUGGCAAGUCUCCAUUGCUGUGGUGACCAAAGAGGUGCCAAGGCAUGAUGGGGUAAGAAUUUUAAUGGAAAAUACAAGUAUUUGCAGCGAGGAUAAUAUGAAAGUAAUCGUCGCGAAAUCGGAGAACUGGAUACGUAAAUCAAAAGUGGGAUACAAUUGCAAGUAUGGUAAAAGAGGUCUGGAUAGACGUCCCUUCGGCCGUCUUUACUACACUGCAACAUAGCAUCCCUCAGCAUCCCGAUCUUCUUGACACGCAAAUAUGGCUACUGGAACACAGCCAGUGCUGGGUUGGAUUGGUCUCGGUUCCAUGGGUCUAAACAUGGCGAAGAACCUUCAGAAACACCUCACAGCAUCAGUGGCUCCGCCAUUGAACUUCACCAACCGAACCUUAUCACGUGGGGUAUCCCUUGUAGAACUUGGCGGAAUCCCAUGCGCAACGAUUGCAGAACUUGUCUCAAAAGCAGAUAUUAUUUUCUCAUCUAUAAGCGAUGAUUCCGUCCUUGACAAUAUCGUCUCCAAAAUGCUAGCAUGCAGCAGCCUGGUAGGAAAGAUCAUCGUCGACACUUCAACAGUACAUCCAGACAGUUCAGUCAGAGCCUCUAAGAAGUUGACUGAAGCUGGGGCGGUAUUUGUUGCUGCUCCCGUGUUUGGCGCAUCCCCAGUAGCAGAAGCUGGACAACUACUUUUUGUUGUCGCUGGACCUAGAGUAGCGACCGAAGCUAUUGCUCCAUACCUGAAAGGUGUGAUGGGACGAGAGGUUAUAAGCCUCGGGGAGGAUGUGUCGAAAGCGAGCUUGAUGAAGACAUCAGGAAACUUCAUCACAGCAGGAAUGAUGGAAAUUGUGGCAGAAGCCCAUGUCUUUGCUGAGAAGACUGGCUUGGGCAGUGAGGCAAUGGAACUGCUGAUCAAGGAGAACUACGGUCCUCUGGCAUACACAAUAUCCAGAAGAUUGACAACGGGUGUCUAUUUUCCGGCAAAAAAUGAGAAACCGUGGUCUGAUAUCAAUCUUGCUAUUAAAGAUGUUGGACAUGGUGUCAAUUCUGCAGAAAAAGCAGGCGCAAGACUCAAGAUUGGAGAAAUCGUACUCGGGCAUCUGAAUGAAGCGAAAGGUUAUGCAGAGAGUCAGGGUGGAAGGGCAAUGGACUCUUCGUCUAUGUAUGGUGUCAUUCGGAGGGAUGCUGGACUCGACUUUGAGACAGACUUGGUGAGGCAAAGAGAUUCCUGAAUAGCAAGUAAUGUAUAUGAUGGAAGCAUAAGAUAUGCAGACAGCAAUGAUUUGAUACUGAGAUUUUCUCACCCAACAUAUUGUCAAAUGAGAGACAUCAAAA